AAAAAAGGCAGGCGUUCUGAUAUGAUGGAUGAUUUGGGUGAAGAAGAAGAAAAGAAACGAAACGAAACGUAUCAUCCAUAAACCCAAGAAAGAUACAAGUCAUUAGCUGCUCACGCUUCCUACGACUCAAACCUCUUCUUCAAAUCAAAGUUAUCUUUCACUUGCGAUUGUGGGCAUGGAGAAGAACAAAUACUUCAUUGAUGACUAUGCUGAUUCUGAAUGGGCUGUUCCAGAAGACAAAGUUACUUUUCAUCAGGCCGCAAGACCCAUAGGCCACAACCCUUCUUAUGAGCAUCCUCUGGAGUCUGAAGAUUUUCUUGAUGGAGAUUAUGACUCUGGUGAUGAUUAUCAAAACUCUGUUCAGCAAGAUGUUCCCGAGGUGAAUUUGAAAAAUGUAUUGAGCGGGAUUGUUGCAAUUGUUACUGGUCGUAACAAGGAUACAAGUGAACACACUGCUCCUGGUUCAAACGUUGCAUUUAUGGACGGAGACACUUACGUGCACCCAUCUGUCUACAUUCCUAGUGCUCCUCCGCUUCUUGAACCAAAUGGAGUUAACUAUAAUGCUUACAAAGAAGUGUUGGAAGCAGAACCGCCGGAGUGGCUUCGGGACAGCACUGCUAAAGUUUGUAUGCAGUGCAAUGCCCCCUUCACUGCCCUCACUCGUGGUAGACAUCACUGUCGAUUCUGUGGAGGAAUAUUUUGUAGGGCUUGCUCAAAGGGAAGAUGCUUGUUGCCUGUUAAGUUUAGAGAGAGGAAUCCACAGAGGGUGUGUGAUACCUGCUAUGAUAUGCUUGACCCAUUGCAAGGUGUAUUGAUCAACACUAUCAGCAAUGCAGUACAGGUGGCCAAGCAUGAUGUCAUGGAUUGGACUUGCACAAGGGGAUGGUUAAAUCUUCCAGUUGGUUUGUCUAUGGAACAUGAAAUAUAUAAAUCUUCCAAUACGUUGAGGAAUUACUGUCAGGUGGCCAGGUUAAAUCCUGAAAGGUCAAUUCCUGCAGCAGUUCUAAAAGGAGCUAAAGGUCUAGCUAUCUUAACCGUUGCUAAAGCUGGGAUGCUACUUACAUACAAACUUGGUACUGGUUUGGUAAUGUCUCGAAGAGCUGAUGGUUCUUGGUCUGCACCUUCUGCUAUAAUUUCAGCUGGUCUAGGAUGGGGUGCUCAGGUUGGAGGCGAGCUUAUGGACUUCAUAAUUGUGCUUCAUGACUUUAAAGCUGUGAAAACAUUCUGUAGUCGCAUGCAUUUUUCUCUUGGAGCUGGUUGCAGUGCUGCCGCAGGGCCUGUUGGAAGGGUUUUGGAAGCUGAUCUUCGAGCCGGUGAUAAAGGCUCUGGCAUGUGCUACACUUAUAGUUGUAGCAAAGGUGCUUUUGUUGGAGUGUCUUUGGAAGGGAACAUUGUUGCAACAAGGAUGGACACUAAUCUUCACUUUUAUGGGGAUCCAUAUCUCACAACUGCCGAUAUACUUCUUGGGACCGUGGACCGACCAAAGGCUGCUGAACCCCUGUAUGCUGCUCUGGAAGAUCUAUACUCUAGACUUGUGUGUUAAGUGUCAUCAAACAACUCCACAUGGUACUGUUGAAUCUUAUAUGUACAUAUCCUUCUCUCAACCCCCCUCAAAAAAAGAAAUCUAGUAACACUUGAAAACCCUGUAAAUCAGAUGUUAUUUCAUAAUUUAUUGAAAGAAAAAAAAAUACUUAAGUUGGGUGUA